UUUUUUCUUUGGCACUUUAGCGCCCUCUGUUGUUUCCGCCAUUAUUUGAAGUGCUUCCUGUAUGCGGCAUCCUUGGCACUUCCUCAAACUGUCACGGUGGCUGAUUUUUUUUAGAAAGGAAUAACUACUUACUGUUCAUUCAAGGUGCGUCUUUGGUCCUCUGUCCUCAUGACUCGGGUCUUCGUUUACGGCACUCUGAAGAAGGGGCAGCCCAACAACUACCGCAUGUUCGACAGCAACAAUGGAAAGGCCGAGUACCUCGGCUCGGCAUUCACCAUCCAGAAAUACCCGCUAAUGAUCACCACCGAGUACAACAUCCCUUUCCUGCUCAACAUCCCUGGCCAGGGUCACCGAGUGCACGGAGAGAUCUACAAAGUGGAUGACCAGAUGCUGAAAUUCUUGGACACCUUUAAAAGCGUCCCAACUAUAUACCAGCGGACGGUGGUCCAGCUGGAGGUGAAGGAGUGGGUGGGGAGGAUGGAAGGUGAGGAGAAGCUGUCACCGGGGAGGAUCACGGAGAUGUUUGUGUACACCACCACAACGUACAAGCCGGACUGGCCCUUGCUGCCGUGCUACGAGAGCUAUGACUCAGAGGGAGAUCACGGGCUCAAAUAUAGUUAUGAAGAAUCGCUAUAAAGAGUUAUAACGGCACUGAUCGCUGAGAAGAGUGGGACUGAUCUCACCAUGCUGAAGCAACUGACAAAGUUGCUUUUAUUUUAAUAAUUUAUCUUAUUGCUGUGCACCUAAAACAAUGCUCUGCAAACCUUUGUCAAAAAAAUGAAGCUGUACUGUCAGAUUUUUCAGCCGAAUAUAUAGUCCCUGCAUAGCUGUCAGAAAUAGCCCAUCCAUGCACUCGCCUGAGUUUUUUGGGGGGGUGGGGGGGCAAGUGCCUUGAACCUGCAUUCCUUUGAAUGGCCAGCCUGUGCUUUCAAAAAUGUGUUUGCAUAGAAGUCUGUGAGGAAAUGACCCAGCUGCUUACUUGAUUUAUGACCUCACCAAAGAGUUUCCUGAUGAAUGUGUGGUCUCAAUGCCAUUAAAUAAGACUUUUAUUUAAUGGCAUCUAGGUUAAGAAAGGCUUAGAGCAGGUGUGUCAAACAUGAGGCCCAGGGACCAGAUUCAGCCCGGCAAAGGCUUCCAAUUUGGCCCGCUGGGUGGCUUUGGAAACUUUUACGGUUUUUCACACUGAGAAAGAUCUCAGAUUCCUUUUAAUUCUUUUCAUUUACUACAAUAUAAAAUGGACUUGCACUGUAAAUGUGCAGUUAAACGAGUUUACACUGACAGAAAGGCCAGUUUUACUGGUCCAGCCCACUUAAGAUCAAAGCAGAUUGUAUGUGGCCCAUGAUGUAAAAUGAGUUUGACACCUCUGUCUUAGAGCAUUUAUAUUACACAGAUAUGAACUCUGAUGUGUUUAGUCGUUACAUUCCACUUGUCUUUGAUUACCUCUGAAAUAAAAAUUCAUUCCUGA